CUCUUCACGAAUCCCCAUCUCUCUCUACUCUAUAUACCCUUCCAACAUGACUUUAAAAUCUCUACCCCUUUUCCUUUCUCUCUUCGUUACCUUCCUGUUGUUAGAUGUCUCCGCCGUUUACGGCCGGGUUGGGGUGGUCGGCGGUUGGGAGCCGAUUAAGGAUCCAAAAGCCCCUGAAGUGCAAGAGAUCGGAGAGUUCGCGGUGACCCAACACAACAAACAGGCCAAAACCGACUUGAAAUUCGAGAGCGUGGAUUCGGGCGAGACCCAAGUAGUGUCGGGUAUGAAUUACCGGCUGGUUCUGUCGGCCAAAGACGGCGCCGGUUCGAACAAGUAUGAGGCAGUUAUUUGGGAUAAGCCUUGGGCCCAUUUCAGGAACCUCACGUCCUUCAAACGUAUCUGAUCCAAGGGCUAAAUUGUGAGACUGGUGAUGGAUGAAGAAGCUUUUAAUGUCAAAUCUGUGUUAUUAAUUAUGUCUGCCUAUUUGAAACUAAUAUAAUAAUAUUAUGAAAAGAGUUUCGUUUGAUAUGUGAUUAUUGAUUAAUGUCAAUGUGUUUCUUUAGUUUA